UGUGGUCCAGCUGUGCGGAGAGAUCAGCUGUGUUGUGACGCAUCCCAGCCUGCUGUGGGUCACCGUCACUGUCACAUGACAGGGAGUGUUUCAUUUGUUCUUGCGUCAUUCGGACAUCCUACCUGAAUGUCACUUCUCCAGUAACCAUCGCUGACCUGCUUACUAUUUGCUGAAGUCCGCAACUUAGUGUGGGGCAUAGAACCAAGCAUCAGACACAGGAUUCCCCCAACAGGUUAGUUGGUCAGAACAAGUGCAACCCAAGAUGACUUCCAAGCCACCACCAUACACACAGAUGCCCCAGCCACCACCACAGCCACCACUGUCUCAGCCCCCAAUGGGUCCUCCUCCUCCAUACCAACAGAUGCCACCAGCAGGCUUUGCCACAGCCACAGCAUAUCCUGCUACAGGGAGCACCACCAUCAUCACCACACAGCAGCCCACCUAUGGAACAGUGCCUAUUGUAGUGAACCGACCAGCUGAUGUGAUUGUUGUGGGCGGCUGUCCUGCCUGUAGGGUUGGUGUGCUCAGUGAGGAGUUUACUCUGGCAGGUCUUUGCUGUGCCUUCUGGUUCUUCCCACUUGGCAUCCUGUGCUGUCUGGCCAUGCGGGAGCGACGCUGCAGCAACUGUGGUGCCUGCUUUACAUAAACACACACACACACACACACACACACACACACACACACACACACACACACACACACACACACACACAUGCAAACAUUGCUUUGCCCAUAGAUAAGUCUCUAUGAUAUCUGAGGUCCUUCCAAGAGGGUAACACCUAAUGGUCAGAGAUAUCAAGACUAUCAUGAAUUAACACACACACACACACACACACACACACACACACACACACACACACACAGACUAUAGGUAUGAAACUAAGACCACAGUGCAGUUCAGAUCCUGUAUACUACUACCAAGUAAUUGCACACAUACAUACAAACACACAGCCAACUUAUGCACUUGUUUUGCACAAUGUCUAUGACUAAAAUUAUGUUACAGUUUUCUUGUAUUUAUUUUCUCUUUGCUCUUGUUGUUGUGGGUAGACUGGUGCUCAGCUCUCAGUAGUACACAUGGACCUACCUUGUUGCAGACUGUGUGUUUUAUGCUACACAAUGCAGAGUAAAAGGGAUCAAACAGUGUUACAUACACAUUGUGCCUCUCCAAACAUCAACUACAUGCAUAUCCAAUUCAUAUCAAAAUGAUGUAGAGGACUGUGAAGUUUUAUACAUUAUUAUUAUUCAAGUAUUUGAAAAUAAGAUAAUUAUAUGGUGAUACAGGAAUAUAAUGGGGUUCUUUGUUGUUUCCAAAUGCCCAUACUUGUGUAGAUUAAUGAAGUAGAGUAAAGAUUGUAUAUAUAUAUAUAUAUAUAUAUAUAUAUAUAUAUAUAUAUAUAUAUAUAUAUAUAUAUAUAUAUAUAUAUAUAUAUAUAUAUAUGAGGGUUAGGAUUACAGGGCAUGUCACAUUGCAAGCUGUCAUUUCAAUUUGUUUUCAGUACAUUAUGGCAGAAUAUAAAGUAACUAGACAUGCUUUAACCUUGUCCUUCCAAAAGGGUAACAGCUGAUGGUCAGAGAGAUCAAGACUCAUAAAUUAAGACACUCACAUUGUGCAUGAACAAGUCUGUCAUUAAUUUUUUUACACGUGGACACAAAUGCAGUAACGCUGCCAUUGUUUGGUACCUUCAUUGGCUCAUUGGUCUGCAAACUCCUGUCUUGAAGCAUGCAGCAAACUAACAUUGUAUUUUCCCAAUUAUAAGGUAUUAUGCAUUAUCCAGAUAUAGAUUAACUGGUAAUCUACAAUUAGAUAAUAGUUUUGGAAAGAAUAAAAUAAAUUUGCUGUACAUUUGAAAAGAAUAUAGGAAUACAAAGACCAAUCAGCAAGUGAAAGGAUUAGUUGUUGGCAGUGUAACCAUAGCCACAUGUCAUCAGGUGAUAACAUUUCUGUGGCAGAGUUGAUGAAACAAAUUACCUAGAUAAUCCAUUUUCAUCCUUCUCGUCCACCGUUGUGAGAGAAAUCAGGGUUGUAGUGGAUGGUCUGUCAGGGUGGGGGUUUUUAUAUAUGGGAUUCCAAUGAACAGCUUUUAAUGGAUAAGAGAAGAGAUCAACAACCUCUCUAGGAAGAAACUCUGUAUAGUCUGCAGGAUAAUAGAAGUAUGUUAUGGUUAGCAUUUAGUUCUUUUCUUUUAUUACAAUAAGUCUUUGAUGCACAUAACCUUACAUGAUUUGUCUCAAUGCAAUGAUUUUCACAUGCAAGUAUUGUAGGGACAUUGAAUAUAUUAAAAACACUUUAAAGAAGUAGCUGGAAUGAGGGCAGUGAAGAAAUUUUAGAAAACCAGGAGACAGUAUGUGGAGGAAGACAUACUCGUAAGGAGGAUGAAUAUCAGGGAAGAGAUAGUCUACAGCUUUAAAAUCUGGGAUAGACUCACAAGCCAUCUAACCCCAUAAGAGAAAAUAAGGACAUUAAAUUAAAUGCUGAUGAAAAGAAUUAUGCCAAUUAUGAUUGUGUAAUUGUUGUGAUUUAGAACUUGGGGGAUUUUAGAGCAUUUAUCUUCUUUAUAUUAUGUGUGUGCAGCAAAAACUAUGACUGGGAUUCCUUUCUCAUAAGAAAUAAUAUUAUCCAUGAUACAAGAAAGAGGUGGAAGGGAUAGUCUUGUUGGUUAUAUUCAAAUGUUUUCUUUGAUUCUUUUCCCUGCUUUCUUGAUUUUCAUUUGAUGUGUUUUGAGAAAAGUCUAUGUACUGUUUUUUUUUCUUCAUUAUUUGAAUAUUUUAUGUUGUCUUGUUCAUUUUUCUGUCUUAGAAUUUUGAUUACAGGACACUGAUUGAUUCAUGAUCCAGAUAAAUAUAUCAUUAGCUGGUCUUAAUACAUGACACAUUCUUUCAGUAAAACAGCUAUUCCAUGAGUGCUAAUUUUGGUAUAAUUAUAGUUUUAGGAAGAUGCAGCAAGAACAUCUAUAUUUUGCUAGAAUGGUAAGAAGUUACGUGCUACACUCAUUUCACUAGAGUGUUGUGUUUUUUCUUAAUCUAAAAUAUUUAGGGAAAGGGCAAGUAGAAGUGAGUGCAGAAGGUUACUAGACUUCUGAUUGUAACUGUACCUGUGGGUUCUAAGAGUGUCUGUAUAAGAGUUGUAAUAAGAUCUCUGCAGCAAGCAGUAAAGGGAAUAUAUCAAAUUAACAACUAACAUGAUAGCAAAGGCAGGACCCUGGCUGGACUACAAAGGGCUUUCAUCUUAGGUGUUAGAGGUUUGCAUGAUGAUUUAACCCAAAGCCACCUGUCUAAUUUUCAUUCUUACAUUACCACAUUUAUGGUAUGCCAGUUAGAGUUUAUUGUAAGCUUUGGGUUCUGGGCAUUUUGGUAAGGCUGUGUGCAGGGUAUUAUGGAUUGGUAUAUUUCAGGGUUGUACGUAGUAAUUGACCGUCAACAUAUGAAUAAACUUAUCCAUGUUCUUGUACUUUCACAGCUGCUUGUAAUGAAAAUACAGUCCUCAUAUUUUUA